AUGACUAUCUUCCAUGUUGUCAUGUUCAAAUUCAAAGACCUUGUGCCCCCAGAGGAGGUCAAGGCAGCUUGCGCCCAGAUGCUGGCUCUAGGAACGAAUUGCAUCCAUCCCACAUCCCAGAAACCCUACGUGAAAGUAUAUGGUGGUGGGAAAGAUAAUAGCCCCGAAGGAAAGCAGCUUGGAAUGACGCACGCAUUCAUCUUCGAAUUCGAGUCGGAGGAAGACAGGGCGUAUUAUCUUUAUAAAGACCCAGCUCACUCUGAAUUUGGCGCGAGUGUUAUAAACUUACUCGACAAACUUCAAGGUGUUGAUUUUACACCGGGUGAGUUCUAA